CUCUUCAUUAAGAACUUGUGAACCAGAAGAAACAAACAAGAACAAGCGCUCGGCUUCCCUUCUGCAAUCAAAGCGGGGCUGCACACCCCUGCUGGAUGACCUCGAUAGAGAAAAUACCGGUUUGUUUGAUUGUAUCGGAGUCUGAUCUCUGGGUAGCAUUUCCUGCAAAAACAUGUUAUACAUUCAUCUCUCUUUUCACCUGGUUUGAAUUAAAUUCUUACCCUACCCUACUUGCAGUAUCAUAUGCUUGAGGAAUGGAAUGCCUGAAUGGUUCGUCAAGCAUGGGGGACUUAAUACACAUAGGAAAAGAAGCACCCAUUACCCCCCCCAGAAAUCCCAUUACUUUACCCCAUUUGGACCAUACCUCUAGUUCAGCAUUAGUUUCUGAUAAAUUUCUCGAAGACCAAGGUCAUCAUCAUCGUGCUUCUUCUGAUAGCUUUCUCUUAGAAGAGCAGCCUUCUUGGCUUGAUGACCUCCUCAAUGAGCCAGAGACACCACUCUGUAAAGGUCACCGGCGUUCCUCAAGUGACUCAGUUACAUUCUUGGACACAACCGCUAAACCAUUUAAGAAGGAAAUUCUUAUUGGCGGACCAUCUUGGAUAUCUCAAACUAACAGCAACCAUCAUCGUCAAGAUUUAUGGAGCACUGCCUUUUAUGAAAACAUUAAACAGCAGGAGUCAGCACAGCCUAGGAAUGGCAUUAAUGUUACUCAAAGCUCAAGCAGUGUACAGACACAAGCUGUUGCGCCAUUUAAAACUGCUGGGAAAUCAGUAUGGGAAGGCUCAGAGGGGUCUUCCGCAAAAAAUGGUUGCUCACAGGCUAAUGCAGGAUCCAGGAGUGAGUCUAAACGUGCUAAACAGCAAGUUGCUCAUCGAUCACGAGUAAGGAGACUCCAAUACAUAGCAGAGCUAGAAAGGAGUAUCCAAAUAUUACAAGCCGAAGGAUCUGAAGUUUCAGCAGAGCUUGAAUAUCUUGACCAGCAGAUUCUGAUAUUAAGCAUGGAAAACCGAGCCUUGCACCUCCGAUUGGAUAGCUUAUCUCAGGUGCAACAGCUUAAACACUGUAAGUGUUCUUCUCGCUGUGGUCUCCACUUCUAACUUGUAACAUUUCAAAAAGAUAGAUAC